CUUCCGGGAAAUCAGUUAGUGGGAAGAGGUGAAAUCACCCGUUUUCGUCCUUUAAAUCCUUGAUGCCUCUUUAAGUCUUUAGCUCCAAACCCGCGACGUGAGUGGUUUUCGCUCACAAUCAGGUAUAAGAUUAAAACCAUCAGUGUUACAGCGUGAACGUGAUGCUUGUUAGUGCCGCUGCGGAGCGGCUCGUCGCUGCCUCCAGGCUGACCGACGGUUAAACUUACUAAGAAACUAAGUUCGUAACCGCGUGAACGUAUUCGUAGACAAGUCUUGCAGGCAGAGAGAAAACCCGCCCUUUCAUUCAUGUGACCCUGGCCGUCCAGUGAACAUUUUAAUGGGAGGCCGGCUCCUGCUGCGGACCGGACCGCGGGGGCGUCAGCUGCGAGGGGAGCGGGGGUUCGGGCCGCUGCCCGCCGGCCUCACAUGGAGUCUCUGGCCGGCUACGUGUACAAGGCCGCCUGCGAGGGCCGGGUCCUGACCCUGGCCGCGCUGCUGCUCAACCACUCCGACUGCGAGACCCGCUACCUGCUGAGCUACGUGACCCACCUGGCCGGGCAGAGGUCCACGCCGCUCAUCAUCGCCGCCAGGAACGGACACGACAAGGUGGUGCGGCUGCUGUUGGACCACUACAAGGUGGACCCGGAGCAGACCGGCACCGUUCGCUUCGACGGCUAUGUGAUUGACGGGGCCACGGCGCUAUGGUGUGCAGCCGGAGCGGGACACUUCGAGGUGGUGCGGCUCCUGGUGAGUCACCAAGCCAACGUGAACCACCGGACCAUCACCAACUCCACUCCGCUGCGCGCCGCCUGCUUCGACGGGCGGCUGGACAUCGUCCGCUACCUAGUGGACCACAAUGCCGACAUCAGCAUCACCAACAAGUUCAACAACACCUGCCUGAUGAUUGCCGCCUACAAGGGCCACACGGACGUUGUCAAAUUCCUGCUGGAGCAAGGUGCGGACCCCAAUGCCAAGGCCCACUGUGGGGCCACCGCCCUGCACUUUGCAGCCGAGGCGGGUCACCUGGAAAUCGUUAAGGAGCUUAUGAGCCGUCAGGCCGCAAUAGUGAUGAACGGACACAGCAUGACGCCACUGAAGGUGGCGGCAGAGAGCUGCAAGGCCGACGUGGUGGAGCUGCUGCUCGCUCACGCCGACUGUGACCUCCGCAGCAGAAUCGAGUCUCUGGAGCUGCUAGGGGCAUCGUUUGCCAACGACAGGGAGAACUACGACGUGCAGAAGACGUACCACUACCUGCACAUGGCUAUGACGGAGCGCUACCGCGACCCUGACAGCGUCGUCAGGAAGGAACUGCUGCCGCCAAUCGAGGCCUACGGCGGGCGCAGCGAGUGUUUGACGCUCCAGCAGCUGGAGGCCAUCCGGGUGGACCGGGACGCCCUGCACAUGGAGGGGCUGAUGAUCCGAGAGCGCAUUCUGGGCUCCGACAACAUCGACGUUUCGCAUCCCAUCAUAUACAGAGGUGCCGUGUACGCUGACAACAUGGAGUUUGAACAGUGCAUCAAACUGUGGCUUCACGCGCUGCGCCUUCGCCAGAAAGGGAACCGGAACACGCACAAAGACCUGCUCCGCUUCGCCCAGGUCUUCUCCCAGAUGGUGCACCUGAAGGAGCUUGUUCCCGCCGCCGCGGUGGAGCAGGUGUUGGGCUGCAGCGUCCUAGAGAUCGAACGCAGCAUGGCCAGAGUGGAGGCAGCGGCCGAACUGGAGCUCCCGCAGGCCUUGGACAACUUCGAGUCGAACAUUUUUACCUUUCUCUACUUAGGCUGCAUCUCCACAAAGACCACGUGCAUCGAAGAGGAACGCGCGAGGAUCAACAAGCACAUUUACGACCUGAUCCAGCAGGACCCGCGCUCGCGCGACGGCGCCUCCCUGCUCCACCUGGCCAUCAGCUCCAGCACACCGGUCGACGACUUCCACACCAACGACGUCUGCAGCUUCCCCAACGCGCAGGUCACCAAGCUGCUCCUGGACUGCGGCGCGCCGGUCAACGCCGUGGACCACGAAGGCAACACGCCGCUGCACGUCAUCGUGCAGUACAACAGGCCCAUCAGCGACUUCCUCACGCUGCACGCCAUCAUCAUCAGCCUGGUGGAGGCCGGCGCCCACACCGACAUGACCAACAAGCAGAAGAAGACGCCGCUGGACAAGAGCACCACCGGCGUGUCCGAGAUCCUACUGAAGACGCAGAUGAAGAUGAGCCUGAAGUGUCUGGCGGCCCGCGCCGUCCGCCAGCACCAGAUCACCUACCGCAACCAGAUCCCCAAAACUCUGGAGGAGUUUGUGGAGUUCCACUGAAACCAGGACGCUCCACAGACACGAACUUGUACAUCUUGCCUUUUUAAUGAAUACUUUUUGAGUUUUCUAACUAAUCCCAACGGUGCUGAGGGUUUGGACCUUUUUUGAGCAAGUUUUUUUUUUUAAAUUCCGAAAGUAGCAGCAGCGAAAACUCCCUCCCAGUGUAAGAACUGGAUGAAGGAGAGAUGACCUGAACGAGUAGAGAAACCAAACUCCUGCAAUAUCCCAGAACCCCCAACUCUCACCUGAUUUGACUUUUAUAAUUAACUGUUUUUACUUGUUUUAUUUUUACUGGAAUACAAAGAUUGGACUGUUUAGAAAAUGAAAAAGAAGCUGUUAUUAUUAUUCUUAUUCUAUUGUUCUACUGUUUGAAUCAUUGAUGCUAAUGAGCAGGUUUCUGGUUAAAGGAGCAUGAGGCUAGAAUAAGAAAUGAGACUCAUUAGCGCCACGACGACCGUCUGGGUUCCUGCAGUCAACAGCGAAGCCGGCACGGGAGCGUAGGGCUGGGCGAUAUGGACCAAAAGUCAUAUCUCAAUAUUUUCUAGCUAAAUGGCGAUACUCUAUGUAUCAAUAUUUUUUCUGUGCCAUAAUUGGGGUUUCCCCCAAAGCAUUAUAGCAUAGCAUCUAUGCUAGCUUCAUUUUUUUCUGAGGCAAACCCUUAAAAAAACAGUCAGUUUUAAUACAAAGCCUCGUGCCAAAUGUCACACAGGUUCCUUUAUUAACAGAGGUCUGCACAAUAUCAAAAUGUAUAAAACGAAUGAAAUAAAAAUAACCUGCCUGCAUAUAUAGAAUAAAAAUGCUUGUUGAAUAAAAUAAAAUAAAUAUCCCUUUCCUGCAUAACAAUUAAAUUAAAAUACACUGUGCAAUUAAUACAAUGUAGACAGUAACAGGCGGCUUUUCCACUGAGGUUGACAGUUGUGCAAAUAACAAAACAUUUGUGCAAAUCUCAAAUAAAACAUUCAAGUAAAUUUGUCACAAAAUAAGCUAUAUCAAAAUCAUACUUUUUUUUUUUUUUUUUUAAAUCGAUAUACCGUAAACGAUAUUGUCUCGUACCAUAUCGCGUUUGAAAAUAUAUCGAUAUAUAUUAAAAUCUCGAUAUAUCGCCCAGUUCUACGGGAGCGCCGUUCAAAUCAAGCUCUAAAUCAGACUUACAAUGUUAUCUUACCUGGUCAGUAGGAAAUGAGCCAUGUCAGCAUCUGUUUUCAGUCCCAAUUCAAGUUGAAGCUGCCUCCAUGACUCAAACGCGUAUCCAAUGUUUACUCGUGCGCCGUCGAGAACGCGCAUGCAGCGUCAUGUGACGUCACAUCCGCAGGACAGCGCGGGAAAUUCGGGCCCAGAAUUGCAGCAUAUUUUGCAGCACACAGCCUGUUCAAGGCAAUGGAGAGAUACACUAGAGGGCUCAUUCUUUUUGGUUUGGAACGCUUCACCUGACAUUAUUACUAGAAAACUAACGUACAAAUUUUUUUCAUAAAUCCUGCCUCUAUCCUGCCUCAUGCUCCUUUUAAGUUCUAGUGACUUUGAUUUGACGGUUUUUCUGACUAUGGUUGGUGAGCCACCGGCCCCGACUACCAACAGCCUUCACCGUGCUGCAACAUGCAAUAGGGCCAUUUACAGGAAUGUUUCAGGUCUAUCUGUUUAAUGUAACUAAAUCUCAUAAAAUACAUUUAAAAAAUGAACCAAUUGUCUGCAAAAAGUAUUGUCACCAAAGCCAAACCUGGAUUAUUAAAUCAGUUGUUUUAGGCUGAAAAAAUGUUAAUCAAAGAUGUUUUGGGUCCUCAGGGUGAUGAUGAUUUCUGGGUUUAUUAUUAAUGUUUUUGGAGAGAUUAAGGACCGUCUUGUGUGUCUGCUGCAACCUGGUGUGUGUGUGUGUGUGUGUGUGUGUGUGAGGAGGGGGAUUGCUAAUCGGAUAAAGCGUUUUAUUUUGGGAAGAAUAUUGAAAGUUUAAAAAAGUAAAAUGUUGAAGAUGUUUUAGAUGGCCGCCACCACAGAUUAUCUCCAUUUUCAUCAGUUUCUUUUGUUUGUAUGCAAAAUAAAAAGAAAUUGAAAUCAA